AGUAAGUUGAAUUGGUGGAGGGGUCACUUCUCUGUUGGAGAAGUGACAGACCAGUAGAUUUCUAUCUUUACAUCCGCAGUCACAUUUUACUUCUUGCGUUUAGACUGACAACAAAAAAAGAUAAAGCAAGAUUAAUUGUGAAUCAUGCUGGCAGAAGGUUUUUUGAGUGUGUUGCAUUUCAAGGAGGACAAUGAUAAUGUUGCUUUUGUUUCCAUGGGACACAAGUUUCAGAAAAGCUCGAUGACUCUUCAGACAGAUCUUCAACAAGGUCUAGAACACGAGGAUUCUGGCUUCAGACUUUCUCAUGAAGUGCGAGCCACAGGUCUUUCUAUCCCUAGAUGUUCACCUGUUGAAAACCUUGAAACAGACCUGACACUCUGCGCAGGCGCUUGUAGCCUCCUGGAACAUUAUCCUGAUCUCCAGGUGGCCGAUGCUGGCCUCAUCUCCUACAACGCUCUCGGAAACAGCGGCACUCACCAAAAUUGUUACACUGAGUCUUAUAAUUUGACCCGGCCUGAGUGUGUAGAACAACAGCCUCUCUUGUCACUUCCAGACCAGGGCUAUCUGGUUAUGGGUGGCUUGGAUCUGCCCGCCUUACAGUCAGAGCCCAUGUCUGACUCAUUGCUGAAUGGACUUCUGGAGAAAAAGUUAGAUGAGGUAUAUCUGCAGCACCUGACUGAUAACCUGGCUCGAUGCAACUCCAUCCUGGGUAACAGCCUCCUGCAUGGCCUGGUACCUCCUCUGCAACCUAACAACCAACAGGAUGGCUCAGAUUCACUGGAGUCCAUUCUGGAAAAGGGACCAGAUGGAGAGAAUGGCAAGAAGAUAAGUCACCUGACCACCGUAAAUUUACCUCCAUGUUCCUCUAACUUUAGCACUCCCAUCCUUCGUAUUUCCGAAGAUGUGCAUCCACAAUGAAAACAUUUAACAUGUUAGUUUCAUGUAUUAUUAACAUAGUGGAUGUUUUUUUUUUUUUUCAUUAUUCAAAAAUUCAAUGCUACAGUGAGUGUUUCGCUUAUCUGAAAUGGACAAUGUGAGAUUUCACUCACUGGUGGUGGUGACCUGACUCAAUUUUAACAGCUUGCAUAGGACACCUGCUGGUAGAUUUUUGUACGACAUCACAAUCGAUACAACUGAUACGACUGUAUAAAUAAACCUGUGAUUUGUCCAAUUUGGACUUACUACCGUAGUUGUAAACGAUGAUUUUAGACAAACUCUCCCUCGAUAAGGAAUAAAUAUUGUAAUAAAGGAUCCUAAGAAAAUAUAUUUAAAACUCAAGACUUUUAUUAGACGAGCUUUCAUCUAUUUGUUGCAGCCAGUUGUCUCAUUAGCAGUUGCCACAGGGCGUCAUAGUGUUCCAUCUAGUUUUCCCUUUCUAAAACCAAUUGCCUUCGCACUACAUUGAUCAAACUUCUCUUUGGUUUUCCUUUAGCUUCCUUUUACCUACGUAUAUACUCAACUAUUUCUCCUCCGACGUGGCCAAACCAGCAAAGUCUGGUCUCUCUGACCUUUGAUUCCGAUGAAACUUUGAGGGCUUAUACAUGGGUGAUUCUCUGGAAGUAUGGUCUAGAGGUGUGGCAUGAGAGUUGAAAAAUAAACAGGUCAAAAUAAUAUAUGCUUUGAAUUAACCCUCCCGCAGUCUGAUAUGAAUAAAUAAAGAUAGCUCACUCAUCUCUUUA